CCCAGCUGUGCUGGCGUCGCCAUCUGCUGGAUAAACUAGAGGACGCCUACGGAUGCCUGGACAUUAGAAGCUCUUCUUCCUCCCUAAUCAACCUCUAACAGAGCCCAACAAUGACCUACCACCAUUUACUCCUGCCCACCUGCUGAGUGACACACCUGAGAAGUGCCCGACAGUGGCUGGUGGAUGAAAAGGAGAGGAAGCAGUGCCUGAGUUCUCCACCUACCUCGAGAAAGGGAUAAAUAGAUAAUUUUCCCAGAGGAGGGGAGUAUUUCUCCACCCCUUUUUAAAAUUAUCCUAGGCACCCAAAACUCUGGGGGAGGAAAGAGCACCUCAAACAUAGAGUUGUUCACCAGUUGCCGAUGAUUUAUUCAGCCAUAUCUGUAUGAUGAUGCCUCAAUAAAACCACAGAAGGACGGUUUGAAGAGCUUCCAAAUUGCUGCAUGUGUGAAGAUCCUAGGAAGAUAUUGGCAUCAACUUGACAGAUCCUAUGUUCAGAGGAAUUUAUAGAGGGAUUCAAAAGCAUCAAGAUGACUUAAAGGAUGUGAUAGAGAGAGCUCUCCGGGUUGGUGUUAAAAAGUUUGUGAUUACAGCUGGAGAUCUGCAUGACAGUAAAGAGGCACUGCAGUUGGCACAAACAAAAGAUAUGUUUUUCAGCACAGUUGGUUGCCAUCCUACAAGAUGUGGUGAAUUUGAAAAGAAUAACCCUGACAUUUACUUAGCAGAAUUGCUAAAUCUUGCUGAGAACAAUAAGGGGAAAGUUGUGGCAAUAGGGGAAUGUGGACUUGAUUUUGACCGACUGCAGUUUUGUCCCAAAGAUACUCAGCUUAAAUAUUUUGAAAAACAAUUUGAACUGUCAGAACAAACAAAAUUGCCAAUGUUUCUUCAUUGUCGCAACUCACACGAUGAAUUUUUGGACAUAAUGAAAAGAAAUAGAGAUCGGUGUGUAGGUGGAGUGGUACACUCAUUUGAUGGUACCAAGGAAGCAGCAGCUGCUUUGAUUGACUUGGAUCUCUAUAUAGGAUUUAAUGGUUGCUCACUGAAAACUGAGGCUAAUUUAGAAGUUUUGAAGUCAAUACCUAGUGAAAAAUUAAUGAUUGAGACAGAUGCACCUUGGUGUGGAGUCAAAAAUACACAUGCUGGAUCAAAAUAUAUAAAAACUUCAUUUCCUACCAAAAAGAAAUGGGAAAAUGGGCAUUGUUUAAAAGACAGAAAUGAACCCUGCCAUAUAAUUCAAAUACUGGAGAUAAUGUCAGCUGUAAGAGAUGAGGAGCCACUGGAAUUAGCCAAUACGCUAUAUAACAACACCAUUAAACUAUUUUUUCCUGAUACUUAAUUGGCAUAUUCCAACAUGUAUGAAAUACUUCAUGGCAAAAUUUACUGUAAAUUUCAAUAAAGAAAAUUAUCUGAAAGCUGUCUAAAGAAGAAUCACUACACAGCAUCCGCUUCACUGGUAUCCAUGAAUUUUAUAUCAUUCAAUGUUGGUGUAAAACAAUGAGAACCUAGCUAUUUGCCUGCAUUGUGUCAUCUUAUCAAGAGAUAAAAGGACAUUUGAGCACAUUCUGCUGUAAAUCAAAGUUUAGCUGAUAAAAGCCUAUUUCUGAGCUGACAGUAUUGAUUCACAACUCUUGAACUUAGCUAUUCAAGUUUCAAAAAAAUUCUGUUGCUUUUGGCAGGAUAAUUUUUUCCAUCCAUGGUUUUAAAAUACUACUCCUUUGGUUAAAUUAACUUACAUAUUGAUCACUUUAUUUCCUUGACUUUAAUGUGAUUUUUCUGGUUUGUACUUGC